AUGUCGGUGAAACUGGAAGGCAACAUUUUAGUGACUGGGACGAACAGAGGCAUUGGUUUGGAGCUGGUCAGACAGCUGGCAGAGACGACGGGGGAGCAGGCUCACAUCUAUGCCUGCUGCAGAGCACCUGAGGGACCCAGGGCUGAGCGUUUCUGGUAUCUGACUGCUCGGCUGGUAACGACUCCUCCGCCUGUCCUCGUUUAUCCUCCUGCCUGCUCCUCUUCGGUGCCUCUGCCUUCGUGGACUGCUCAUCUGGCUACGACCCCCCUACCGGCCUCCGACCACUCCUGCUCUCUCCCCGUCGGCACCUCCACACGUGCAGCCGGCUCUUCGGACCACGAAGCUUCCUCCUCAUCGUCAUCGGCUGAAGUAAGCUACUUCUCUUCCCCUCGUCUGAGCCCCAGAGACUACAUGUCAGAUGAGGACAGUAUCUCAGCUGCUGUCCAGGCUGUGAGUAAGCAGAUCGGGGCUGGUGGGUUGAACCUCCUCAUCAAUAAUGCUGCUAUAACCAAACUGGCCAUACCGGGACCGUUAUCUGCCACCGGGAAAAAGGACAUGAUGGAGGUGUACGAAACCAAUGUGGUUGGACCAUUUCUCAUUGCAAAGGCAGCGCUGAACAUGCUGACUCGCUGUCAAGCUGAGGACUUCAAGAGUUACAACAUACUGGUGACAGCAAUCCACCCUGGCUGGGUGCGAACUGAGAUGGGAGGAGAGGAGGUGAGGUGAUGGAGAGGUUAGAUA